AAGCGAGAAGUUUACUUUCCUGCUCAGUCGUCAACUGCUAAGCGACCAGGACACACAUCUAGUCAGUGGCUUAAAUCAGCGUAAGUCAAUAUGAUACCGCAAAGCGAUAAUCCUUCCUUAAACGAAGAUACUUACGUGGAGGAAUCCCAGUUCCCUGGGCCAGAGCAUUGCGGCCAGAGCCGCUGUGGCCAGAGCCAAACAGCCUACGAAGUCUACCAAAGAAUACUGCAGCGACUACAACCCCAUCCACAAGAAAAGACCGCAAAAGCUAACGAAAACGAGCUGGAGAAGCAGAUCUGGCUAGCCAGCUUUACGGGAAGGCCAAUACAAUAUCGAUAUUAGUUAGAUAACGCUUUCCAGUCGCAAAGCCUUUGUUAAAGAUAUAAAAAUAAAUAAACUAAAGUUGAACCUAAUCCGUACAAGUAAAAAAAAACAAAA